AUGUUUGACGACUCUGUCCUUCUGGAGCACGAAACCAACAGCAGCCGUGUACUGUCGCCCACCAGCGAACACUACCUGGGCGCCACGCCGAGCACCGUGGAGAUUGAGCAUAACUCUAAUCAGAUCUCCAACCUGUCUGCGUCGUUCACCGCCUCAGGACGGCACAACCCCGAUGCUCCGCCAUCCAGUAAAUUCGAGUCACUUGACUACGAUCAGUGCGAAAAUAUGCUUCAAGUUGAGGAAGAGAUUAUGAGUAAACGAAAUGGUCUCGAUAAGAAUUUGGAGUUCACCCGAUGGAUCGUCAUCUGUAUGAUUGGCAUUCUUACCGGGCUUACUGCCUGCUUCAUUUUGUUUUCCGUGGAAGAGUUGACCAAGUUCAAGUAUACUAAAAUUAUGUACCUUUUCGAAGGCAUCGACGCUGAUCCCAACUUUUGGACGCUUAUGAAGCCUUACCUCGUGUGGCUGCUUUCAAACGGCUUUCCAACGCUGUUGGGCUCCGUUCUUGUUACUUACAUGGCGCCUGUGGCUGCAGGGUCAGGCAUUCCGGUCAUCAAGUGCUACUUAAACGGUGUUAAAGUUCCUGAAGUGGUGCGCAUCAAGACGUACUUUGCCAAGGCAAUCGGCGUCAUCGGCUCAGUGACGGGUGGUUUGGCCUGCGGCAAAGAGGGGCCGAUGAUUCACUGUGGUGCUUCCAUUGCCGCCGGAAUCAGUCAGGGGAAAAGCACCACCUUUGGGUGGGACUUUCAGCGACUAGUCGGCUUGACUCGUUUUAGGGAGGACCACGAAAAGCGAGACUUUGUUAGUGCCGGUGCUGCCGCCGGAGUGUCUGCCGCCUUUGGAGCUCCCCUUGGAGGCGUGCUGUUUGCGCUGGAAGAAGGCGCCAGCUUCUGGAACCAGCAGCUAGUCGUGCGAAUCUUUUUUUGCUCACUCAUCAGCUCCUUCUCGCUCAACUUUAUCGUCUCGGUGGUCAGCGGGCAAAAGCUGGGCGCCUCGGGUCUGCUCAACUUUGGCAAGUUUCAGGACAUUGACUACAGCUGGUUCGAGAUGCCCAUCUAUGCGGCGAUGGGCGCUUUCGGGGGCUUGACGGGAGCGGCGUGGAACUACUUAAAUAUGAAAAUUACCAUCUUACGAAUGAGGUAUCUGAGGAGUAGUUGGUCAAAGGUGGCGGAAGCAGUGGUUGCCUCGCUGCUCACUGCGAGCAUUGGCUUUCUCAUGAUUAUCCUGCUGGGUGAUUGCUACUCGCUGAAAACCGAAGAGACUGAAUAUCCAGUUGGCUACGGCUGUCCUAAAGGACAGCACAAUGUGAUGGCUGCGCUGUGGUUCAAUACACCCGAGGCGACACUGCGCAAUCUGUUCCACAACAAGGACGGCACUUGGACGGCUCAGACGUUGUGCAUUUUUGUGGGAACAUACUUUUUUGUUUCCUGCGUUACUUACGGUCUCUACGUUUCUGCUGGCCUCUUCAUUCCUGGCCUUCUUCUCGGCGCCGCCUGGGGCCGCCUCUUUGGCCUGGUUCUCAGUCAUCUCUUUACAGAACAGGCGUGGAUCUGCCCGGGAAAAUUUGCACUGAUUGGAGCUAGCGCUAGUCUGGGUGGCAUUGUCCGCAUGACCAUCUCCCUCACUGUGAUCAUCAUCGAAACGACGGGAAACCUCAGCUUUGGCCUGCCGAUCAUGAUCACGGUGAUCAUCGCCAAGUGGGUCGGCGACCUGUUCACCGAAUCAGUCUACGACAUUCACAUUGAACUGUCGAGAGUGCCCUUUCUAAGCUGGGAGCCACCGACAAACUCUGCACGAGUGUACGCCUCUGAGGUGAUGCACAAACCGGUGGUCAGCUUGAAGACGACUGAGACGGUGAAGACGCUGCUGAAUGUGCUCAUCAACACUACGCACAAUGGAUUUCCAGUCGUCGAUGCGGAGAGCAGCUUCAGCCAUGUGCGCACUUACGGGCGGUACAGGGGACUCAUCUUGAGAUCUCAACUUCUGGUCAUGCUAAAGGCGAAAAUCUUCAACGAGUACAGCCUCGAGUCUCCGUGGAGAAACAUGUACUCGCUGUUUCGCAACUCCUACCCUCGAAUGCCCGAACUGCGGCUGAUUCUCGCCGAGCUGGAGGAUCACGAGUUGGAGUACACACUGGAUUUGCGACCUGUGAUGAAUCCGAGCGCCUACACCGUCUGCCACGCAGCUAGCUACAAUCGCAUAUUUCGACUGUUUCGCGCACUGGGCCUGAGACAUAUUGUCGUGCUCAAUGACUACAAUGAGGUGGUGGGCAUUGUCACGAGGAAGGACCUGGUUAUCCACAAUAGUGGCUCACACUGA